CGAUACGAUUUCUACUAUCCGGUUUGAAACGCAAACUAAUCAAGUUUGCUUUCUGCGCGCUCUGCAUCUUCACUAUCCCUCGGUCCUUUGCUCGAAAGGAUGAAGGUCCAGACUGCGACUAUGGUCGCUUCUUCUGUUUCCGCUGUCACGCUGGCAGCAUGCAUGGUGGCAAUGUUUUCCAUUUAUUCAGAAGUAGCAGGCUUCUGGGUUGAUCUUGAAAGGGAGCUCGGCAAUUUCAAGGUAACAACUGAUGAUAUAUGGAAAGAUAUCAUGAGUGUUGGUGCAGCUCGAAGAGUUCGCCGACAACAAGAACAACAAUACGAAAGCGAAGCUGUUAACACACCACCCAAUACCGGUGCACCGGCAACACCUGUCAACAACCCUCCUGCUACUCCACCUGCACUGGCUGGAGGAAACUCAAAAUGUAGCUGCAAUGCCGACAAUAAAUGUCCACGAGGUCCACCUGGUCCUAAGGGAGUUCCAGGAACACCUGGUCCUGAAGGAUACCCCGGUCUGGACGGAAAACCGGGUGUGCAUUCAGAAGACAUGGCACCGCAGCGAGACACAAGUGGUUGCUUCAACUGUCCUAGUGGUCCACCUGGACCACCAGGAGCACUUGGUCGCCCUGGUCCUCGCGGACUUCCUGGACCAAAAGGCCAAGAUGGUAAUCCUGGUCGCGAUGGAUUGCCCGGAAUUUCUGGAGAGCAAGGACCUGCUGGUCCAAUUGGAAAGAUGGGUGAUUCGGGACCUCCAGGAGAAAAAGGAAGAGAUGCAGACCAUCCUAUUGGUAGACCAGGACCAAAGGGAGAGCGAGGAGACCCUGGUUUGCCUGGACCAGCUGGACAAAAUGGUAUGACUGGAGCACAUGGUCGACCCGGACCUCCUGGUCCUCCUGGAGCGCCUGGAAAUCAAGGACCGCAAGGCAUAGAUGGACGUCCUGGUGAUGAAGGUGUAGACGGAAGACCUGGAAAAGAUGCAGAGUACUGCUCUUGUCCUGAUCGCGGUACCGAUGCUGCUGUUCGCAAUGGAUAUGAACAUCUCAAUUGAUGUGUUUGCUUGUGAAUGAAGAUUGACGGUAUGCCUAUGUCGUCCAUGUCCGAUCAUGAAAAUUUGACUUUGCCUGCGUCGAAGACAUAAGAGAAAGAAAUUCAAUGUUGACAACCUUUACUUUACAAACGACAUUUCGUAUUUGCACAAAAAAUCGCUCUGGGUCCUCUUACGGUGAUGAGCUGCCAAAAGAAUGAAUACAAUGAAUAAAUAAAAUGAAUUGUAAAACUUUUAUUUUACCUCUGUUAUAUGCUAUAAAUCAUUCCCUUUAAGACACGUCGUUAUUGAUAAGUGCAGUCUACAAAUGUUUACAAUGGAAC